CGUCUCCCAGGAGGAAAUGCUUCUCUGCCGAGAACAAGUCUUGGAGGAUUUGUUACCGCCAAAGGAAAACCCGAGGGGGAAGUCGGAGUUUAGAAGGUGAAAUGUCGGAAGGCUCAUGGAGCAUUGUCCUUCCUCCAGCAAGAUCAUCCUUCCUUACCCUGACAGGAGUUUCUAAGCAUUUGAUGUCUCUGAGAUCCAGUCCAAAGGAGAUAAAUUUUCACUCUUCCCAAAGAAAGGACAGAAAGUUGUAGCCAGGGGCAUUUUCCAUCAUGGAGACCGAGAGCCCUAACAACCCCCAGGAGGGACUCGCGCCCUCCAGUGGUGAGAGGGCUGCAGUGGAGGACAAUCGUCUGUUGAUCGAGGCUGUUCAAAAGAGAAAUAUCCAGCUGGUCCAGAAUUUGCUGGAAAGGGGGGCUGAUGUCAACUUCCAGGAAGUGGAUGGGGGCUGGACACCUUUGCAUAACGCGGUACAACUUGGCAGUGAGGACAUGGUGGAGCUUCUGCUUCAGCACGGCGCCGACCCUUGUAGGCGGAAGAAGAAUGGGGCCACUCCCUUCCUUGUCGCUGGGAUCGUGGGAAAUGUGAAGCUGCUCGACCUUUUCCUUUCUAAAGGAUCAGAAGUCAACGAGUGUGAUUUAAAUGGCUUUACAGCUUUCAUGGAAGCUGCUGUGUAUGGUAAGGUGGACGCUUUAAAAUUCCUGCAUGAAAACGGAGCAGAGGUGAAUUUGGGGCGAAAGACAAAGGAGGAUCAAAAGAAGCUUAGGAAAGGAGGGGCCACGGCGCUCAUGGAUGCUGCUGAACAUGGCCACGUAGAUGCCUUGAAGGUGCUCCUCGAUGAGAUGGGGGCAGCUGUCAAUGCCCGUGACAAUAUGGGCAGAAACGCCUUGAUCUACGCUCUUAUGAGCUCUCGCGAGGAGAACGUGGAGGCCAUCGCUCGCCUGCUGCUUGACCAUGGGGCUGACGUCAACGUGAGGGGAGAAAGAGGGAAAACGCCCCUGAUUCUGGCCGUGGAAAAGAAGCACCUGGGUUUGGUGCAGAUGCUUCUGGAACAAGAGCAUAUAGACGUUAACGACACAGACAGCGAGGGCAAUACAGCACUGCUGGUUGCUGUCCAAGGCAGACAGGAGAAAAUUGCCCGGUUGCUAUGCAACAAAGGAGCCCACGUGGACUGUGGGAAUCUUGUUAUCAUAGCGAGGCGGAAUUAUGACAUUUCCCUUGUAGAAUUUCUUCUCCGUAAUGGAGCUAGAGAAGAUUUUCACCCUCCUGCUGAGGACUGGAACCCUCAGAAUUCACGUUGGGGGGAGGCCCUGAAACAUCUCCACAGGAUAUACCGCCCUAUGAUUGGCAAACUCAAGAUCUUCAUUGACGAAGAGUAUAAAAUUGCUGACACAUCCGAAGGGGGAAUCUAUCUGGGGUUCUACGAGGGACAAGAGGCAGCUGUGAAGCGAUUCUGUGAAGGCAGUAUACUUGCACAAAAGGAAGUCUCCUGUCUGCAAAACAGCCGAGAGAACUGUAACUUAGUGACAUUCUAUGGGACUGAGAGUCAGGGAGACUGUUUGUAUGUGUGUCUUGCCCUCUGUGAGCGAACCCUGGAGGAGCACUUGGCCAUGAACUGCAGAGGAGCUGCAGAAAACGCAGAAGAUGAGUUUUCCCGCAGUGCGCUAUUGUCUAUAUUUAAGGCUGUUGCAGAACUACACCUUGUGGGAUAUGCUCACCAGGAUCUGCACCCACAAAACAUUCUGAUAGAUUCUAAGAAUGCUGUUCGCCUGGCAGAUUUUGAUAAAAGUGUCAAGUAUGCUGGACAUCUGCAGGAAAUCGAGAGAGAUCUAGAGGCUCUUGGACGGCUGGUCCUAUAUGUGGUAAAGAAAGGAGACAUCCCUUUUGAGACGCUGAAGGUUCAAAGUAAUGAAGAGGUGAUUCGGCUUUAUCCAGACGAGGAAAUUCAGGAUCUCAUUCGCCACCUGUUCUCUCCAGGGAAAAACUUACAGACUCCACUUUGUGAAAUGCUGGGUCAUCCUUUCUUUUGGAGUUGGGAGAGCCGCUAUAGGACCCUUCAGGGUCUGGGAAAUGAAUCUGACAUCAAAGUACGAAAAGCUACAAGCGAGAUCCUCAAAAAACUGAAUCAGGGGCCACAUGAACCUUCCAGAAGUUUUGACCAGUGGACUAGUAAGAUAGACCAACGUGUUAUGAGAAAAAUGAAUAAGUUCUAUGAAAAAAGCCGCAAUUUCUACCAGGACAGUGUGGGUGACCUGUUAAAGUUCAUUCGGAAUCUGGGCGCACACAUUAAUGAAAAAACAAAUAAAGACAUGAAGUUGAAAAUUGGAGAUCCUGCCCAGUAUUUUCAGAAGACAUUUCCUGAUCUGAUGAUCUAUGUCUAUACGAAACUACAGGACACAGAAUACACGAAGCAUUUUCCCCAGACCCACGAUCUUCCCAAGCUUUAAUGUGGUGGAGCGGUGGCUGUGGAGAAUGGGCCAAAUGGCCCUGAGUGCUGACUGAGUCUUUUGCGUUCACUAGUACAGACAGUCACAAUUGUCUGGGUCUCUGUCAUCUAACAAGGUUGCUUGUUAAGGAUGAGUUGGAUAGCUGAUGCCCCAGUGUCUGGCAUUCUGCAAAUGUUUGUAGCAAAAACAGUGUAUGCCCCAAUUACCUUAGUCCAUUUCCAUGGUAAAGGUUAAUGGCAGGAGUUGGGCAUUCUGUUAAGAUUCCUCUUGUCAAUUGCACUAAACGGAGGAGUGCCCAGACCCCUUGUGCUGUAUGCUUUAAAUGAAUUAUCUCAAUUAAUUGUCCCAACCGCCCUGCAAGACAGGACUUAUCUCCAUUUAAGAACUGAGGAGUAUGAGUCUCAGAGAGUUUGAGCUAUUUGCCCAAUAUCAUACAACUUGUAUGGAGCAGUAUAUAAAUGCCAUGUGGUACUAUUGUUACAUCUCACUUGGUCACCUGAGAACUAAAUUACCAGCUCAGGGCUCUUCUGGAUGAGACCCAAAAGGAACACAUCGCAGGGGCUCCAGGUGGCUCAUUCAUUCAUUCAGUAUUUAUUGAGCUCUUCCUUACUCUAUGUCUAGGUCCUACUUGCCUGAGUUCCGUUCUUCUAGAGCUAUUUGCACUGGGCACUGGCUUCCCAUGAUCUUAAGGCAGUAGGUCAGUUUUGCACCCAAGGGACAUUUGGCAGUGUCUGGAGAUGUCUUGGUUGUCACAACUGGUGGUGUGGGUGGGGGUUGUGUGCUACUGUUAUCUUGUGACAUAGAGGCCAAGGAUGCUGCUAAACAUCCUAUGAUGCGUAGAACAGUCUCCCAUAAAGAAUUAUCCAGCCCAGAAUGUCAGUAGUACUGAGGUAAGAAAUCCUGCCUUAAGGGGCCAGGAGGAUUUUGAGUUGGCUCAGGGCCCAGGACCCAGGACCACAGACUGUGCAGACCACCCCACAGAAAAAUGACUCGAGAUUUGAUUUAUUGCUGUAGCAAGACAGUUCGAGGGUCACCUCCUGUGCCGGUUUGAAUGUAUUAUGUCCCCCAGAAAAAGCAUUCUUUGAUGCAAUCUUGUGGGGCAGACGUUUUAGUGCUGAUUAGAUUGGAAUCCUUUGAUUGUUUCCAUGGAGAUGUGACCCA